AUGAGCGGGCGCCUGUUGGACGUUUUUAAGCCCUUUGAGGGAUUCCUCCCUGAGGUUAGUGCUCCUGAAAGAAAGGUUCCUUACAACCAGAAGCUGAUCUGGACGGGUGUUUCAUUGUUGAUCUUUUUGGUUCUCGGUCAAAUUCCGCUGUAUGGAAUUGUGUCAAGUGAGACGUCUGAUCCGUUGUACUGGCUACGUGCCAUGUUGGCGUCAAACAGAGGUACGCUUAUGGAGCUUGGUGUCACUCCGAUUAUCACUUCCUCCAUGAUCUUGCAGUUUCUGCAGGGAACCCAACUUCUGCAAGUGAACAUGGAGAGCAAACAGGACCGGGAUUUGUUCCAAAUCGCACAAAAAGUGUGUGCCAUCAUUCUUACGUUUGGUCAGGCAGUUGUGGUCGUUUUGAGCGGUAAUUACGGUAGACCCUCCGAGAUCGGAGUCGCCAUUUCGUUGCUACUGAUUUUCCAGCUUAUUUUCGCAUCUUUCAUUGUCUUGUUGCUCGACGAGCUUUUGGCCAAGGGUUACGGCUUGGGUUCCGGUAUCUCGCUUUUCACCGCCACUAAUAUUGCCGAACAAAUUUUCUGGAAGGCGUUCGCGCCCACCACGGUCAACUCCGGCCGUGGUGACGAGUUUGAAGGUGCCGUCAUUGCCUUGUUCCACCUUUUGGCUACCCGUAAAGACAAGAAAAGAGCCCUUGUUGAGGCGUUUUACAGAAACAACUUGCCCAACAUGUUCCAGGUUCUGGCCACAAUUGCCGUUUUCCUGUUCGUGCUGUACCUCCAAGGCUUCCGUUACGAGCUUCCAAUUAAGUCUACUAGAACUAGAGGCCAAGUCGGAUCGUACCCUAUCAAGCUAUUCUACACUUCCAAUACUCCUAUCAUGCUUCAAAGUGCGCUGACUUCCAACGUAUUCCUGAUCUCUCAAAUUCUGUACCAGAAGUAUCCCUCAAAUCCAGUGGUGCGUGCGAUUGGUGUCUGGGGAGCCAAACCAGGCUCGCCUUUCGGGCAGCAGUCUGCUUUGAGCGGACUUUCUUACUAUUUGCAGCCACCAUUUUCUGUUACGGAGGCGUUGUUGGACCCUAUUAAGACCGUCGCUUACGUGGCGUUCGUUUUAGGUGCAUGUGCCAUGUUUUCCAGAACAUGGACCGAGAUCUCAGGCACUUCCCCACGCGAUAUUGCCAAGCAGUUCAAAGACCAAGGCCUAGUCAUCAACGGUAAGAGAGAGACUUCUGUUUACAGAGAAUUGAAGAAAAUCAUUCCAACGGCUGCUGCAUUUGGUGGUGCCACGAUCGGCGCUCUGUCGGUUGGAUCUGAUCUCUUGGGUACACUGGGCUCUGGUACGUCGAUCUUGAUGGCUACUACAACCAUUUACGGGUACUACGAAACUGCCGCUAAAGAAGGCGGUUUCACGAAAAACCUGGUCUCGGGCUUCUCGGAGCUCAUGUGA